AUGAACGAUAACCAAGUAUCAGACUAACCUGUUGAAACAAAAACUUGCUCAACUUGCAAAAAGCCAAUUGAAGUUUCAAAAUUUAGAAUUCAUGAAAUUGGUUGCGCUAGAAAUAACUAUGUGUGUGCAGUAUGCGGCGACUUAGUGGCGAAAGCUGAGAAAGAAGAGCAUGACAAGGAAGCGCAUACCAAAGUGGCCUGUCAAUAUUGCAAAUCUGAGUUCGAAAAACGUUAAUUUGCUGGGCAUGAGGACUCUUGCUUUAUGAGACCAUAGGAGUGCAGAUAUUGCGAGCAAGUCAUCAAGUAUGAAGAUUAUGAAAGGCAUGUUAAGUAUUGUGGUUCAAAGACUAAAAAAUGUACAGAGUGUGGCAGAAAUAUUUGUUUGAAGGAUGAGGAUAGCCACUAGUAUGGAGGAGAAUGCAAAGCCUACAAAGAGGAAGACCUUAGAAUGAGAAUAGAGGAAGCGAAGAGAUAAGAGGAAGAGAAAAAGCGAAAGGAGCAGGAAAAGAUUAGACAAGCUUAAAUUCAAAAGUAGAAGGAGAAAGUUUACGAAGAUAACUUCAAUAUGGAUGAUAUUGAUAACGAGAGAGGUGGAAGCGUUAAUGAAAAAUUACCCAGAACCAAUUAAGUAAAGGAGGGCAGAACUUAAUUACAAGGAUUACCUAAGUAAACUAAUGUUAGUAGCUAUAUGGGAUCAAGUAACUAGAGUAGUGUUAUUACUGGAAGUGGUGGAUUUAGCAAUUCAACUCAACAAAGGUCAAGUUAACAGCAAGUGUAAUUACAGGCAAGAAUUGGUACUAAAGUUGUAGUGGGAAAUUAAAGCUCAGGCACUACAUAAAUCAGAUCAGGUCCUCCUUAGUAACUUAAUGCUAGACCUACGGGAACAAGUAUUAAAAAUGUGCCAAAUCCUCUAUAAUAAUAGUAAUAAUAAUAGAAGCCAGUCUAAUAAACUGCAUCUAGUGGGUUGAACAGACCAGGCACUCGUGGAGCCUCUUCUAAUUAGUUAUAAAGAAAUGAAGAAUAAAAAUACUCUGCCCCAAAAUAAACAACUACAACUUCAGGAAUAAAAACAAAGGUUGGAAUACCAACGAAUUCAAAGCAAAUAAUCCCUAAUAAGGGACCAGUUGUCAAUAAUAAAAUGCCAACUUCUAUAUAAUCCCAACCUCAGCCUAGAGUUUAACCAAGAAUGGACUAGUAACCAUCGAAAUAGGCGAAACUAAUUCACAAUCAAUAGCCUUUAGCUAAUAUUUAGCUUGAUCCUAAUGAAGAGCUUAUUGCAAGACUCAUGGACGAGGAAGAUGAUAUUUAGAUUGCGUCAGAGUUAUAAUAAAACUUUUAUGCUGGAGGUAACCCCGAAUCAAGAGAUGGUAGAUCAAAUAAGAAUGCUGUGCCAUAGAGAAGUAGUCAGAGAUAGCAAUAGCCUCCAAGAAAUCGUGUGGAAGAAGUUCCUCAGCAUGAAAUGCUAAUCCCUGAUGCCCGACAAAACUUUGGAGAUGAGUGGGGCAUGGAUGAGCAUGCACUCUAUGACGGAGUGGGUGCAGGUCAUAACGACCAUCUCGGAGAUGAAGAUUACUAAAAAGUUAUAGAAGAAAGUCUCAGAGCUCAAGGAGCUAGAAAUCUUGAAGAAGAAAUGUUCCUCAAAGCAAUUAAGGAGAGUCAAAAGAACUAUUGA